AAUGUGUAGCUAAGUAGUGUUUACUGCUGUCGCAAGGUUAGCUGAAAUAUACUUAAAAUGGAUAAAAAGAAAAAGCAAUAUGAUGUAACAGCUGCAUCGCUGGUUGAUCUCAAAGCUGAACUCUACAGAAAGCAGGAAGAAUUCAAACAGGAAAAACUAGGUCAUGAUGGAGGGGUUCCUUUGAAACCAAAAACUAAAAUAAAGAAGCCGAAUGUUUGGACCAAGCAGAACGAGGGGGUGUCGGCCCGGGCGCAAAAAGAUGUGGAACAGGCUGCAGAGGAGGAGAAUACGCUGGACAAGGCAAAACGAAAGCUUGAGGAGAAGGCCAAGUUGUACGAGCAGAUGACCAAAGGAGACUUCCCAGAUGAGGAGUCUGAGAGCCUGUUCCUGGUGGACUUCACACAGAAGAUUAUUGACCAGAAGAGGGAGCUGCAGACAUGCUGUGAGAGACAGCGAUCAGAGCAGGAGCAGGGGGAGGGCUCAGAAGAUGUCCCCCCAAUCCCUCCCCCUCAAAACCCAGAGGAGGAAUGGGUGGACUAUGUUGAUGCCCUGGGGCGAUCUCGGAGGUGCAUGAAGAAGGAUCUUCCAGGGUUCCAGAAGAUGGACCUAGAACUUCAGGGUAGGAGGCAUGAGGCAGGAGGGAAAACCCUGCUGUCGGAGGACAUGCGCAGAGAACUGCAGCGCCAAGAGUGGGAGAGGGAGGAAGAGGAGGCGCUGAAGAGGCCGGUGGGGCCGGUGCACUAUGAAGACAUCAGAGAAAAAGAGGCUCGGGAGUUGGGUGUGGGGUAUUUUGCCUUCGCUCAGGAUGGGGAACUCCGCAGAAAGCAGCGGGAAACACUCGACAUGCUGAGAGACCAGACCACUGAUCAGCGCAGCAAACGAGACAAGCUGAAGGAGAAGCGCAAGGCCUUGCUGGAGGCCCGGCUGGCCAAGGUGAGGCAGAGGAAGAUGAAGAAGGCCAAGCUGGAUAGCACAGAGGAAGAGCUGGAGGCAGAAGAGAAUGAAGGGGAAGGAGACGAGGAGGAGUUGAUUGGCCCCAUGCCGCCAUCUGAGGAGCCCCCUGCAGCUCCUGCGCCGAAAAAAGUGGUGGUGGAGAUCCAGGAGAGGAGGGACACGAGGCCGGGUGUCCCACAUGUCCGGGAGUGGGACAGGGGCAAAGAGUUCUCUUUCGGCCAUUGGACCAGCAAACGGCGGGAUGAACGGGAGGUGGAGUUUGCCCCUCCUGCAGCAUACUUCAGUGAUGAGAGGAGGCAGGGUCAUGGACGGGGGGUGGACCAGGACAAGCAGAAGCUCGCCUUCAGGUGGUCAGGGGCUCAAGGGAAAGGACGCGGGGAAGGGACCUGGCAGACGAGCUCAGAGCAGUCCCAGAGUUCACCCGAGGCUUCCUCCCAGAGUCUUCCUCAGGGCCAGAGCCUGGAUGACCUGCUCUCUUUCUACAAACACUCAAUCUGACCUUCUCACUUGUCUGGAGAUCAGAUGGAGAAUGAGCCAGUCUCCCUGCGGUGCAAUAACACAGAUCUCCGCACCAGGACAGAUGGACACAUGGUCCCGUUAUUCUCUGUCACCACAUCUCCAAAACGAAUGUGGUGUGGCACAGGUGCCAGAACAGAUAAAAUGGCACAGGUGCCAGGACAGGAGUAUGUGAAACACUACUUCAUUUCACCUUCAAGGACUGACAGGUCAAACCAUUGUGAGAAACAAGUUCCUUUCUAGAGUGUUUUCAUGUUUUCUGAAGCUCUGUGUUGCAUAUUAAAUAUACUU